GCGCCAAUCGCAGGCACGCCUCCUGCGGUGCCAAACAUAAAAGCUGCUGCGCUCCAGCCUCCACAGAUCACAGAGCAGCACACAGGUGGUUAGUUCAUGUUUCAUAUUUAGGAUGAAUGUAAACGUGACGCUCUCGGAGCGCAGCCUGGCCGGCUUUGGCGCGCUGGCGCAGCGGCUGUUUGGGAACAAAUCCUUGAAAUCUGUUGGGAAUGACACCGGCGCUCCAGGAGCGGGGGGGGAGGACUUGGAGGUGAACACCGACAUCUACUCUAAGGUGAUAGUCACCGUCAUCUACGUAGCUCUGUUCGUCGUGGGCUCCCUGGGGAACUCCAUCACUCUCUACACCCUGCUGAGCAAAAAGACCCUGCAGAACCUGCAGAGCACCGUGCACUACCACCUGGCCAGCCUGGCCGUGUCGGACCUGCUCAUCCUCGUCCUCUCCAUGCCCAUCGAGCUCUACAACUUCAUCUGGUUCCACUACCCGUGGGUGUUCGGGGACGCGGUGUGCAGAGGUUACUACUUCCUCCGGGACAGCUGCUCCUACGCCACAGCGCUGAACAUCGCCAGCCUGAGCGUGGAGCGCUACAUGGCCAUCUGCCACCCGUUCAAAGCCAAGAGCAUCAUGUCCCGCAGCCGCACCAAGAAGCUCAUCAGCGCCAUGUGGAUCGCGUCCUUUGCGCUCGCGAUUCCGAUGCUCUUCAUCAUGGGCCAAACCACGCGCAGCGGGGAGAAGAUCUGCACCACCAUCGUCUCUCCUGUCACCCUGAAGACCGUGUUACAGGUAAAUGCUUUCCUGUCGUUUGUGGUCCCCAUGGUUGCCAUUUCCGUGCUGAAUGGGGUCAUAGCCAACCAGCUGCUGCGAAUGUUUAGGGAGGCCGAGCAGGAUAACCGCAUGUCCAUCAGCAGAGGAAAUCCCGCCGUGCUAAACAUCACGGUGGAAUCCAACCGCGCUCAGUCACUGCGCCAUGGAGUUCUAGUCCUCCGUAAGUACAAACUACAGAAACCUCCACAGAGGAGAUCAGAGAUCCAUCUGAUGCAGGAGGGAGAUCCAUCCUUUUCUUUUAACUCUGUUUCUACUACCAUAUUUACAAUAUUUAUUUAUUUAUGCAGUCUUGUUCCUUCCUUUAGUUAGGAAAAGCAAAUCAAA